AUGAGUGUUGUCAGCAAUCAGAUUCAAUCACUACUCAGCCGUCUUCAAACCGCUUUCAAUGGCGUGCAAACGAAUAGUCGAAUAUUGGAGGAUGCAUUCUCGCCGGGAGUCUCUCAACUCACUCUCACACCAAGGACAAGACGAGCCUUCGAGAAAGUGGUGAAAUUGAUGGACGAGGUGUGCAAAGCGUGUCAGAAUUCGAGGUUGAACCUCAAAAAUUCUCCACCAUUCAUCCUCGACAUUCUCCCAGAAACAUAUCAACUUCUUGUGCAAAUCUUUAAAUUGGAUCCAGAAAUUCUUCGAGAAAACUACUAUUUACGGGUAUUUUUCGACAAUGUUCAUCGAAAGUGCAAAGGAGUGUUGAAACUCUUUCGAACAAACGUGAUCUUCGACGAGUUGUCACAAGAGAGGAGAAGUCUUACAAAAUACUCUCUCAUUUUCAGUCAUAUGCUUUCAGAACUCAAGUCUGAAUUUCCAAAUGGAAUUUUCGUUGGUGGAAAAUUUCGGAUAACGAAGAAAGAAGCGGCCGAGUUUUGGGAGAACUCUUUCAAAAGCGCAACUCUUGUUCAAUGGACUGUCUUCGUCAACGAGUUGGUGAAAGUUCAUCCGAUGACUGAUUUAGAGCAAGUGGCGUUGAAAGAAACAAUGGAUCUCACUGGAAAUGAUCAUGUCUCGAAUUUUGAAUUUGAUGUCUUCACAAGAUUAUUUUACCCAUGGAAAUCAUUGCUACAAAAUUGGCAACUCUUGACAACAGCUCAUCCUGGAUAUGUGGCCUUUUUGACGUAUGAUGAAGUGAAAAAAGUGUUGGAGAAGUUGACAGAAAGACCUGGAAGUUAUGUCUUCCGAUUGUCAUGUACUCGACUCGGUCAAUGGGCUAUUGGUUAUGUGGCUCCUGACGGGAAAAUUUAUCAAACAAUUCCACAAAAUAAAAGUCUAAUUCAAGCGCUAAUUGAGGGAUCAAAGGAAGGAUUUUAUCUCUUUCCGAAUGGUCAAACGAAAGAUAUCGAUUUGACGGCUUCACUCGAAGCUAUGCCAACUGAUAGAAUACGAGUUACAUCAGAUCAAUAUGAGAUCUAUUGCGAAAUGGGAACAACAUUCGAGUUGUGCAAAAUUUGCGACGAUAACGAGAAAAACAUCAAGAUUGAACCAUGUGGACACUUGUUGUGUCAACAAUGUCUCACCACUUGGCAGGAUUCUUCUGAGGGUGGCAAUACUUGUCCUUUCUGUCGAUAUGAGAUCAAAGGCACAUCAAAGGUGGUUAUCGAAUCGUUUGCGCCAGUUCUUGGAAGGAAAUCUUCAAGUACGAAAAGGGGAAGUGUUCAAGUUCCUCGAAAGCCAGCUCCACCGCCAGAAAGUUGUAGAAAGAUUCCCGAGGUAAAACUCCGAUCAGCCUCUGAUUCUGCAGCAAACGAGCCAUGCAUUUCGGUAGAACAGAAUCCACCGACUCGAUCUUAUCAAGAUGUUUCUUCAACAACAUGCGAAUUGACUGCACCAUUGAUAACUUUUGAUGAUGGACCAUCAAAUUCGCAAAGAAGCAGUAGAUUGCGACCGUCGAUGGGAAUGAAGGAAAGGAUGAGAAGAUUGUCGAAAUCGAAUGAGCAACUCAAAGAAACACUCUAUUCACCCAGUGAUCUCAACUUCGAUAGCCCGGAACGGAAAGACUCUGGUUCGAGUUCAGCUCCGACUCUAGCCUUAGCUCCGAAUCUACCCUUAGCUCCGACUCUAGCCUCAGCUCCGACUCUAGCCUCAGCUCCACCACUUCAUCCAAGAAAGUCAUCUCCAACUUUGGAUAUUACCGAUUUACCAGUGGCUCCACCUCCGCCUCGUCCACCGAAAACACCGAAAACCGAGCCCAUUCCCCAAAUGUACAUGAACGUUUCCGAGGCGGAUAAAGAAAAGGGUUACGUGAAUGCCUCAUCAUUUCCACAAAAUCAA